CCCCAUCUGCUUUGAUAUGAUUGAAGAGGCGUACAUGACAAAAUGUGGCCAUAGCUUUUGCUACAAGUGUAUUCAUCAGAGUUUGGAGGACAAUAAUAAUAGAUGUCCCAAGUGUAAUUAUGUUGUGGACAAUAUUGACCAUCUCUAUCCUAAUUUCUUGGGGUGCUUUCAUCUUCUUGGGCUAUGGCAUAGACUCUAUACAUGUGAAUGAACUCAUUCUCAAACAGAAGCAAAGAUUUGAGGAAAAGAGGUUCAAAUUGGACCACUCAGUGAGUAGCACCAAUGGACAUAGGUGGCAAAUAUUUCAAGAUUUGCUAGGAACUGAUCAGGAUAACCUUGAUUUGGCCAAUGUCAACCUCAUGUUGGAAUUACUAGUACAGAAGAAGAAACAACUGGAAGCAGAAUCACAUGCAGCUCAACUACAGAUCCUUAUGGAAUUCCUCAAGGUUGCAAGGAGAAAUAAGAGAGAGCAAUUGGAACAGAUCCAGAAGGAACUAAGUGUUUUGGAAGAGGAUAUUAAAAGAGUGGAAGAAAUGAGUGGCUUGUACUCUCCUGUCAGUGAAGAUAGCACAGUGCCCCAAUUUGAAGCUCCUUCUCCAUCACACAGUAGUAUUAUUGAUUCUACAGAAUACAGCCAACCUUCAGGUUUCAGUGGGACUUCUCAGACAAAGAAACAGCCUUGGUAUAACAGCACAUUAGCAUCAAGACGAAAGCGACUCACUGCUCAUUUUGAAGACUUAGAGCAGUGUUAUUUUUCUACAAGGAUGUCUCGUAUCUCAGAUGACAGUAGAACUGCAAGCCAGUUAGAUGAAUUUCAGGAGUGUUUGUCCAAGUUUACUCGAUACAACUCAGUAAGACCGUUGGCCACAUUAUCAUAUGCUAGUGAUCUCUAUAAUGGUUCCAGCAUAGUUUCUAGUAUCGAAUUUGAUCGGGAUUGUGACUAUUUUGCAAUUGCUGGGGUUACAAAGAAGAUUAAAGUUUAUGAAUAUGGCACAGUCAUCCAGGAUGCAGUGGAUAUUCAUUACCCUGAGAAUGAAAUGACCUGCAAUUCCAAAAUCAGCUGUAUCAGUUGGAGUAGUUACCAUAAGAAUCUGCUAGCCAGCAGUGAUUAUGAAGGCACUGUUAUACUAUGGGAUGGAUUCACAGGACAGAGGUCAAAAGUCUAUCAGGAGCAUGAAAAGAGGUGUUGGAGUGUUGACUUUAAUUUGAUGGAUCCUAAACUUUUGGCUUCAGGUUCUGAUGAUGCAAAAGUGAAGCUGUGGUCUACUAAUUUAGACAAUUCCGUGGCAAGCAUUGAGGCAAAGGCUAACGUCUGCUGUGUGAAAUUCAGCCCCUCCUCCAGAUACCAUUUGGCUUUUGGCUGUGCAGACCACUGUGUUCACUACUAUGAUCUCCGUAACACUAAACAACCAAUAAUGGUAUUCAAGGGACACAGAAAAGCAGUCUCUUAUGCCAAGUUUGUUAGUGGUGAAGAAAUUGUCUCUGCCUCAACAGACAGCCAACUAAAACUGUGGAAUGUGGGGAAACCAUACUGUCUGCGUUCCUUCAAGGGUCAUAUUAAUGAAAAAAACUUCGUAGGACUUGCUUCCAAUGGAGAUUAUAUAGCUUGUGGAAGUGAAAACAAUUCCCUCUACCUGUACUAUAAAGGACUUUCUAAGACUUUGCUGACUUUUAAGUUUGAUACAGUCAAGAGUGUUCUGGACAAAGACCGGAAAGAAGAUGAUACAAAUGAAUUUGUUAGUGCUGUAUGUUGGCGGGCACUAUCAGAUGGGGAGUCCAAUGUGCUGAUUGCUGCUAACAGCCAGGGUACAAUUAAGGUGCUAGAAUUGGUGUAAAGGGUUUCCUGAAGUCAAAUUGUGUUUGAUCCUCCUGAAAACCAUCUGCAGCAGAUGAUGAGAAAAGAAAGAAAUGGCAUGUGAUGUCUCUCCAAAGUCAUCCUGGGUUUUGGAUUUGUACUGAGUACUUUUUUUCCUCCUUUUAUGCCAUUGGGAAUACCCAGAGAAUUCUCCGCCAUCAGUGUAACUAUGAACUUUGCUGUUGGCAGUGUGGCUAAUUUUUGUGAUAGGGAAACAAAUUCUUUUAAAUAAAAAUAAAUAAAAAAUAAUAAAAGUUUAUUGAGCCACA